UAUAUCAUGAUGUUAUUGGGCACGCAGCUCUUUGCCGACAAGUCCGGCAAUCGUAUACACAUCAGAUGGCUACCUUAUGUUGCUCGGCUUGAGGAGAUGGGUCGCUACAGUUGGGGGUCGGCGGCACUUGCAUGGUUGUACAGGUGCAUGUGCCGAGUUGCCAACAGACAUGUGGUGAAGUUAGCUGGCCCUUUACAGUUACUACAGUCUUGGAUAUUCUGGAGGUUUCCCACUCUUAGACCAUCUGGGUAUGAUGAGAUUAGCUGGCCCCUUGCCUCGAGAUGGUCUGGUUACAAUCCUGGGAUUAGCAACAAGGAACCUCGGGUACAGAUGGCUCGCCUGAAGAUCGACUUGUUACAGCCUCGGCAGGUAAGUACGCAGAACAUGUGUAUUUCAAGUCAUUGUUUCAGUUUAUAUUGUCCAAUCCUUUUAAUUUUUAUUUUUCCAGUUCAUAUGGAUGCCCUUUAGCGCACUAGACGUCAUCCAGGUUGUACAUCCGGAGGUCUUGGAGCCUCGGCAUACGAUGUUAUGGCGGUGCAGGACGUCCCUGAUUUACUUUGCGGUUGUGGAGUGGCAUCAGGUUGAUAGAGUUUUACCUCAGUUUGGCGGCGUUCAGCCCAUACCGUCUCCCGCCUUGAACAUCGACUUCUUGAUGUCGAAGGACGGGAGAGGAGGUGACCGUUGGUUCCCGGCACAGUACGCUGAC